AUGAGACUACCUCCUUGUUUUUCUCUGUCUUCCGGUUCUUCCUGCUCCCCUUCCUCUCGCAGUUCGUGCCCUUCCUCCCGCCGCGCGCUGUCCUUUGCCGAGUCCAGGCCCCUGCCCAGCAGCCAGAACUGGAGACCGCAAGCGCGGGUCGCGAAGCAAUUUCCGUUUCCCACGACAGCCGAGAGACGCGAGAUGACGAAUGAAAAAAUGGACCACCGCAAAUGGCUAGCACAGCGACCAAGACAACUGACAGAGGCGGCGGACAGAGCGCAAGAGGAGGACCGGAACUCAAAGGACGAGAGAGAAACACCCUGUCCAGGGCAUUGUUCGAACCAGGGUAGAGUGUGGACGUCUGCAAGCGUGCAUGUUCCAGACUCGGCGUCUCUUCACAGCUGUUGCUCUUCCAUCCACCAUCCACCGGAGGAUGUCCCACCUCGGCUUCCAGGAGAUAAAGAACUUCCACUCUUGAUUCGCAUGACUGACAGCCUUUCGUCGCGACUCUCGCCUUCCUCCGAGACGUCAGUUGCCCCUCCAGUUUGCUCGCCUCUCUCUCGCGCUUGCGCCUUGUCCUUCGCUUCCUCUCCUUCCGCGUCCUGCGCGGCGACUUCAGCCUCUCCCUCUUCUCUGUCUCCUUCGACUUUGUCCUUUGCUUCUCUGUCUCCCUUGCGCCCAUGUCAGUCGGGUCCUCUCUACCACGCGCCUCCUCUUCGGAGGUCCCGAGGAUCCGACGUAGGAUCGGAUGUCCUAUCGGGAUCUUCUGUUGAUUCACAAUGGAGGCUUCAGUCGCGCCCUUGCUCGCUGCAAGUAUCGGCCCUUUCCUGCAGCACUGGCUCGCCGUAUCGCUGCUUUUCUCUGCCGGCGUUGUCGCCUGUCGCGCAUCCUCAGAAGGCGUCCUUCGCCACGCCUCCGCCAAAAAUGUCUGGUGCAUCUUCUGCACAACGCGAGGCUUUCUCUCCACUUGCGGCCAUUUCUUCUUCUGCGUUCCUCAAACCUCGAGAGAGAGGCCGAGCGCCUCCACAUGCUCCUCGCGAGCUGCGAGUCGGGGCAUACCAUCUUGUGCCUUCUUCUGCAGAGGUGCCCUCUGAAGCGCGUCUCUGCCUGCCUGACGGGCUCUCCUCGAAGGACAAACAUGCAAGAUACGCAAGGCCGACAGUGCUUCGACACUCGGCUCAGUUUCAGGCGGUGUCUCCGUCUGCUUCAGUUCCUUCUUGCUCACACACAACUUCUCUUUCCUCUCCAGAAAACGCGGAGCUCCCCCGGACGGACAAGCGCGCGCAUCCAGAAAAACCUUUCGGAUUCUGUUCAAUAGCAGUCUCAGAGUGUCUGACCUCUUCAAUCGCCAGCGACGAGAGUCUCCACAUGACUGCAACUGUCGCGAAAAAUCCUCACCUUCCUCCCACUCCCUUCACUCCGUCUCCACCGCCUCCUCUUCCUCCUGAGUUCUCUGCUUCUCCUUCUUCUGUCUUUGCGCCUUCUUCUUCCUCUUCUUCUCUUCCUGCCUCUGAAUGUCCCUCCCUUGCUGCUUCCUCGUUUCCUUUGCGUUCUACUUCUCUGUCGAUUUCAGCGCCGUACUCUUCUUCUCCCUCUUGGUCGGCGUCUGGCGCCUCCUCCCCACCAGCGACCGCGGUCCAUGUUUCAAACCCAGUCUCUCCAAGUCUUUCUUUUCCUCCCUCGGCGGCCGUUGAACAAGGUGGAUACUCAGAGCCUUCCUGUACCCUUGGAGCCUCUGCGGCUUCGCCAGCCAGUUGUGGGGACCAGGACGCGGCUCUCCGCGCCCUUGAGCCUUCUGUCGCCUGUCAGCAGAGAGACGAAACGCGUUCCGAGGCUCGGCCCGAUUCCCCCCGUCUGCCGCCGGUGCGACAUGUCAGAUUUUGUGAAGGACGGGAGGAGUGGCUUCUCUCCGAAACCGCCUCAGUCAACAGCAUCAUUGCGUUGAGUGAUGAUGGACCUUCUUCUGUCGCUCUCCUCCCUUCGUCUCUCGACGCGUCUUCCCCCUCUCAUCCUGUUUCCUACGACGAACGACUCAGCAGCGGUCUCCUCUUCUUUCCUUCCCCUGCGUCUUCGCCGCUCCCGUCGUCCUCGUCUCCACCGCCGUCUUCUUCAUUUGCCUCCUCAGGCGGCUCUUUAACCUCAGCGGACGCCUUCUCUUUGCAUGCGCCAGCGCCGGGAUCUCUCCCUGCUUUCUCCCCCUGGCAUGCCUGUCUUCUGCCUCCCUUCGAGAGAGCGGAAGGGAAGGCAGCGACCCCAGGACUCUCGCGUUCCUCUCACGGUGUCUGGAGAGACAGAGGAAGACACAGAGGUACUCGUUUUGAGGCAGCGAGCGAGAGUUGUCUCCUGCUCGAUUCCUCGUCUUCAGAAGGGAAGCCUGCGGAGCAACCUAGACCAGAGCGAGAAUCCGGAAGAAACAUGGAUCAGAACGGAGACGAAAAACGACGUGGAGAAACAGACACCAAGACCCGGAGAUCCGACGUCUCUUCAAAACGACAAACCGAGUUCGAGACAAGAGAAACCUCAGAGACAGCCACCGAGAGAGAAGGAAGAAGAGAACAAGAUACACUUUUUCCUGGUAAGGGGGAGGACCAUGGCGAUGACGCUCGACUCGACGGACGAGCACGAAGUGGAAGGACAGACGCGGGAGGAGAGACGCCAGAGGUGAGCAACCAAAACAAGCAAGCGGAGUCUCCUUCCGUUCCUCCCUCGAACUUCCUGGAUGCCUCCCACCCUUCACCGUUGCAUUCUGACUCCUCCCAAGCCGUCUACCUCGAGCAGGGUACGCGACUCGACGGAGACGUAAGCGAAAGCUUGUCUGCUCUUAUCCCAGGUGUUUCUUCAUCUUCUUCCGCCGUUGUCUGUCCAUCCUUGUCUGUUUCGUCUCCCUCGCUGAGUUGUUCCUCUCCUUGUUCUUCCUCGUCUCUCCCCUUUUCUGAAUCUUCGACGAAAGACGGUCUCGGUGAAGGGCCGUCAGCGCCGAAGAUCCCUUCUGCAUCUCGCCCCAAGUCUGCGAGUUCGCACCGUCCUCCCGAAAGCGAGACAGGGGAGACCGUCUCCGCGGCUUUGACCGGAAGCGAAGACCGAGCAACAGGUGCGAGGCAGAGAGAAGGCGGAGAGCAGGAACAACGAACCGCCUGGGCAGACGGAGACAGCAAGACCAGCCACGGGAGACUCGAGCUCGCGGUUGGACGCAGGGACACAGCACAGACAGAGAAGAGGGGCAGGAAGACGGCGCUCGCGAGAGAAAUGGCGCAGCAACCCCACAGAGUCAAAAGAGACGCCGGUGGUCCUGCCUGGUCUUUGGACAGAGCUCGAGAGACUGAUAAGUUCUCCUGGAAGCCUGCGAAAAACAUGGCCAGCAUAAAUAUGGAAAGAGAGAACAGCGACGCUGCCGUUUUGGACGGCUCCCGCGGUCGCCUUCCACCAUCGGCACAGGCAAGCGCCGAUUGUCCCAUUUCGUCCGGUUCGCGUUUGGAGGCGACGCGGAGGAAACCUUUGGCACCUGGUGCGGCAGAAAUGCCCUACUCUUCUGCUGUUUUCUCUUCUGCUGUUUUCUCUUCUGCUGUUUCGUCCCCUGCUGCUUUCCCUUCCUGUACCUCCUUUUCUUCCUUUUCGCCUUCUAUCACUUCCGCUUCCGCCUCGUCUUCUCCCUUCUCUUUUGCUUGUGCCUCUUCCCCUUUCUGCCCUUCUUCGGCCGUUCGUGCUUCCUCUGCUGAGACCGCUGGGCAGCGUCUGAGAACAGUGCGGCCUUGCCCUGAGAGGGGCGGUCGGUUGGUGACAGUUCGCGGCCCCGACGGAAAGACUCGGAGGCAGUCUCUGCAUGUGCCGCCUUCUUUGACGGCGCAGCCUACCAAGUCUUGUUUUCGUCACAGGUCUCCCAGAAGUCGAUCCGCUUCUCGUGGUCCCUCUUGGGCGGCUCCCAGAGUGCCGCAUUUCUCUUUCCCUCACUUUUCUUUCCUCUCUGCUUCUUCUACUCUCUCCCCUUGUUCGCUUCCCUGUUCGCCUUCCUCUUCUUCUCAUGGUUCGUCGUGUUCUCCUUCUUGUUCGUCUUGCUCCUCCUCGCCUUGUUUUGCCCGGCUGCUUCGGCGAUCGCUGCUUCGGCGAACAGGGCUGAGAGAACGGCCAGACAAGCGCGAGGGGGGAGGCGAGAAGACUGGAAGGAAGGAGAGCUUUGGAAAGGCGACCUCGCCGGCGCCGUCGCCUUUCCAAAGCCUUCUGUGUAACUCGGGGGCACGGCUGUCUCUUGAAGAGAGGAAUGCUGGGCAGGCUGACGCGCUCCCCUCGCUUCACUGGAUGUCCUCGCGCCGCUUCUUUGCUCCCUUCAGUCGCCGUGCGAGCCGCGGGGCCUGGCGCCUCGGCCAGGGCGAAACUGAGAAGAGCGGCGACCGAGGGCGACGGCGAACAGCAAAGAAACAGGAAGGGGAAAUCGUCGAGAGAAAACGAGGGAGAAAACAGGCAUCCGAACGAGGAGCAGAAGGCGAGAGAGAUGAAGAGACAGAGAGGGGACGCUGGCGGCGGAUGUUCCCAACAGUGUUCACCGCUGAGCCGGCACUCUUGUGUUCUGCAUCUUGCGGCCGUUCCUGUGCGUCGGCGCCACCCUCUUCACGGAUCAGAGGAGACGCUCGCGAGAUGUGCGAAGGAACCUGCUCGCGAACGUUGGUAUCGCCUCGCCGCGCCAAAGGAGUCUUCGACCUCGCAGCUUUAGACGAAGACGCGGAGGCACCGCCCGGACAGGCAGGCGCCUCGAGCCUCCAAUGGAAGGCUGCCGACCCCAGAAGAGGAGAAACCUCCGGAGACAGUGAAGAGGCAGGCACAAAGCAAAGGGCAGAGAGAGACAGUCCACAGCCUGCAGUGCAGAAGGAUCGGGCGCGGGGGCGCGGGAAGGACGAACGACGAGGGAUAAGGGGAGAAACGAGCGAAAAGAGGACAGACAAGACGCGAGAACAGGGAGAAAGGCGGGGACAGGGAGAAGAAGAGAGGGAGGGACAGUCUGGAAAAGAGGAGAGAGAAGAAGGAGAGGUUGAAGAUGCGACAAGAAGAGAGAUGAGGUCGCCUAACUCAGGAAUGGGGAAGAACUCCGAAACAGGUUUCCUUUCUCCUUUGUUUCAUGAGAGAGGACGGCGCCGCCACACCAUCGCAGUCGUUCCUUUCUUCGGGGGUCGCGCCUCCAGCGGAACUUCCACUUCGUUGACUUCCUUUCCUUCUUUUGCUUCGCCAUUGUCCUCUUCUUCUCUCCCCGCCGACUUUGGCUGGCCGUCGUUCGUUCUGAAGAAACCACCCUCCUCACGCUUCCACCAGUCGAGGGAAGAGCCCCGGCGCGAGGAGCCGGCGACAGUCCGAGGCGAAAGCGAGGAGACACGGAGACACCCCUCACUCCAUCUGAUGUCUCUCAUGUCUCUCGUGUCUCUCAGUGAGCCUCGGCCGGCGCAGGAAGGAGCGUCUCAAGCUUCGUCGGUCGGCCUCUCGCCCUCCUCACCAGCCGUCCACUUCUUCGACCUCGCGACGCCUCACGGGGCGCCGGACUGA